AUGCAUCAGCUUUUAGUGUUGAUAUUAGUGUCUUCUACAAGUUCUUUCCAAAAUAACCUUCUACACUCAAUCACUGGUGUUGUUUCAAAAAAUAAUUUCUCAUAUUAUACACUACAAAAUAGAGGAUAUAUUUCUAUUGUAUUAAUAUCUAAAGAGGGUGACGCUGAUUUAUACAUAUCUCAGCCUCAUAUUUCACAUCAUCCUACUUUUGAUCCAGAUACAUAUUGCCUUCAAUCUACUACAUGUGGAAUUGAUAUUCUUCAUAUACCUAAAUGGUUUAAACGGCCUAUAUACCUUGGUAUUUAUGGUCACCCGUCUAAUGAAAUUGCCAGUUAUACAUUAGAUAUAAUUCAAAAUUCAGACCCUGGUGAAGAAUUUAACUUGAAUUUAUUUGAAUCCGAAGAAGAAAAUGAAACUCUAUCUAUAAAUAAUGACAAAGCUAACGACAAAGAUAAUGACAAAGAUAAAUAUAAAAAUUACCGUGGUGUUUCAGAUAUUUUAUUUGAGGUAAAUAAUAUUGAAAAAAUAUUUAAAUAA